AAAGCGUGCCUUGGCUGCUGUGUUGUAGUUGAAGCGGUGAGAAGGGAAGGAGUGAAUUAACAAAACAGUUGUUUAGUAUAAGAAGGUGGCAGGUUGGAAAAGCGCUGUAAACAUUUGUGAAGAAGAAAAAAACUUUUUUUAAAAAUAUGUACGGUAUAUGUGUAUCUAGGUUUCUGCACGCAUUAUUAUUCUAAGGGUACUUAUUUACACUGGACAGAAAGGGAAUUCGUUUGCGUAAAAAAUAAUAUAAAUAGUCGUGAAAGAAAUGGACUCCGUGGUGUAUUUAGGAGGACUGGUUGUCUUAUUCCUGCUGUGGGUUAAGGUGAAAGGACUGGAGUACGUGAUCAUACAUCAGAGAUGGAUUUUCGUGUGCCUCUUCCUGCUGCCCUUGUCGGUAAUAUUUGAUAUCUACUAUUACCUGCGCGCCUGGGUCAUUUUCAACAUGUGCAGCGCACCCAAACUGCACGACCAGCGCGUCAGGGACAUACAGCGACAGGUCCUGGAAUGGAAGAAGGAGGGGAGUAAGACCUACAUGUGCACGGGCCGACCUGGCUGGCUCACAGUGUCUCUGCGGGUGGGGAAGUACAAGAAGACUCACAAGAACAUCAUGAUCAAUCUGAUGGACAUCCUGGAGGUGGACACCAAGAGACAGGUUGUUCGUGUCGAACCAUUGGCUAACAUGGGUCAGGUGACCGCGCUGCUCAAUUCGAUUGGCUGGACUCUUCCAGUGCUGCCAGAGCUUGAUGACCUCACAGUGGGUGGCUUGGUCAUGGGCACGGGAAUCGAGUCCUCGUCACACAUUUACGGGCUGUUCCAGCACAUCUGCGUGGCCUAUGAACUGGUGCUCGCUGACGGUAGUCUGGUCAGGUGCACUGCGGAGGAGAAUUCCGAGCUGUUCUACGCCGUGCCUUGGUCCUGCGGCACGCUGGGUUUCCUGGUGGCUGCGGAGAUCAGGAUCAUCCCGGCCCGCAGGUACGUUCGGCUGCGCUACGAGCCCGUGAGCGGGCUGGAGAAGAUCUGCCAGAAGUUCUCCAGCGAGUCCGCCAACAAGAAGAACCAGUUUGUGGAGGGGCUGGUGUACUCCCGUGACCAGGCCGUGAUAAUGACCGGGGUCAUGACUGAGGAGGCGGAGUCUGACAAGAUCAACAGCAUCGGACAUUACUACAAGCCCUGGUUCUAUAAACAUGUGGAGAGUUACUUAAGAGCCAACCGGAGCGGAGUGGAGUACAUUCCCCUGAGGCACUACUAUCACCGACACACUCGCAGCAUCUUCUGGGAGCUGCAGGACAUUAUUCCGUUCGGUAACCACCCCGCUUUCCGCUACUUGUUCGGCUGGAUGGUGCCCCCCAAGAUCUCUCUUCUGAAGCUGACCCAGGGAGAGACGAUUCGGAAGCUGUAUGAGCAGCACCACGUGGUCCAGGACAUGCUGGUACCCAUGAAGCACCUGGAGCAAUCCAUCAGCGCCUUCCACAACGACAUCAAUGUGUACCCCCUGUGGCUGUGUCCCUUCGUCUUGCCCAGCCAGCCCGGCAUGGUCCACCCCAAGGGCAAUGAGGACGAGCUGUAUGUGGAUAUUGGGGCCUAUGGAGAGCCGAGUUCCAAGCAGUUCGAGGCGCAGGCCUCCAUGAGGCAGCUGGAGAAGUUUGUGCGAGGGGUGCACGGUUUCCAGAUGCUGUAUGCGGACGUGUACAUGAACCGCGAGGAGUUCUGGGAGAUGUUUGACGGCUCUCUGUACCAGAAGCUGAGAGAGCAGCUCAACUGCAAGGAGGCCUUCCCGGAGGUGUACGACAAGAUCUGCAAGUCUGCAAGGCACUGACCUUCCACAGGAAAUACAGGGCACCCAUACACAAUAAUAACCCUAAAGGAUAGUGCUGAGGAACUAUCUGUAGCACGUUUGUUGCAGUCUGCAUUACAAUGCUGCAGUUUAUGAUAGCAAUACUGCAGUUAUUUUUUUUUAGGAUCAGUUAUUUUGCUCCCAGGUACAGUAUUUUAAUAUUAACCAUAAACUUGAAGGCUUCCGAUCCUAAAUUAUUUUGUAAACCUUUUUUAACAUAGCGGUAUAGUUAACAUGAGCACUUACUGUGGAUACUGGUAUGUGUUCUUUAGCCUCGACUGGGCGCCACAUGCUUCUCUUUUUGAAAUGGCCUGUGAUGGAUUGUGAUUCGAGUGCAGUUCUCUUCAUUACCAGUUUCCUUUCUGAUGACGACUCUCUGCUGGCUUUCACUAGCUUGUCUGUAUAUGUCUGAUAGUUCACUGCUAAGUUUCAGUGAAAGCUGUGUACGCUUCCUCACAAGCUACAUCAAGUAUAUCAAGUUUGCAACUGUAUUUCAAAGCACAGAAGAAACAGAUCUGUUUUUAAUGAGGGGGAAUAAGCACUCUUAACAAAUCCUGAAGCUCAAACGGGUCAAAUGCAAAGCUGUAGAAGUUUUAUAUGGUAACCUACGGUGCCGAUAAAUACAGCAGUUUUCAUUUUCUAACAUUGUUACUGUAUAGCAAAGUCUUAUGUAUCUGAAGGAGAAAGGUUGGGGUUUUUUGCGGCUGUAUUACGUCCUAAUUGCAACAUUUGUGCUGCUAAUGACUGGCCCAGCUUUGUGGUGUGAACUUUUAUUCAUUUGAAUUCUGGUAUUUUGCUUUCAUGUGUGUUGUUUAUCAUUAAAGUUCUCAACAUUAAUGUCAUAUGAUAUUUACUUUUUUGUACCGAUUAUUUUCUUUAAUAGUCUUCAGGCAAAAUCAGCCUUUCCAUGCUGCAGUCCUCUAGAUGGUACUGUUUCUGAAACAUUAUUUUUCUCUAUUCAGUGUUUUCAGCUCCUUGAAAGAAAUCACAUGAUAUUGUUACCCCUUCAGAGUUGAAAGUUCACAGUAUCACAUGAUUUCACAAGAAUCUGGAACCAAUGAAAAAAAAAGGCCAGCAAUUCAUAAAAAUACAUUACAAUCAAUACACCAUAAGAGGAGCUCAGAACCAUGUGGAACGAUGGCAGACUGGGCAGGGCCUCCUCUGCUCAUUGCCAAGCCUUGAUUCAGAUGAACUCCUAUUCUCAUACUUCAUGAAAGAGGCAUUCGUUCCUAGCUCAUGUGGUAUUGUGUUUAAUCUUUCUGUAAUGGGGUUAUGAAAGCGAUCUGCAGUUUUACUGUCUGUAUUUUCCUAUACCGUGUUAACUUUCAGAUUCUGUGUAAUAACGUGUCCCUUCUACUAGAGGAGUCGUCUGAAAGUGAAAUGUGAUGAAAAGAUAAAAGCUAUGUCCAAUAAACACACACACUUAUGAAUUGUAUGUUUUGUAACAAAGGUGCAAUACAAGUUAUACCAAUGAUUGUUUAUCAUAUGAAAGGUCACACGAAAACAGAACCCAACCUGGCCUAUGAAGUAGCAGUGUAUGUAUUGAUUCAGGUGAGAUGUUUCUAUGCGUUAGAAACGCUUUGAACAUUUUAAAAGAAAAGCGCAAUUUGGUUACAACUUUACGGUGGGGGGGAUUUCCCAUGUGUUUAUGGGUGGACGAAAACAUUAUUUCGAGACGUAUUUGAAAUGUUCAGAUGAAUUCUAAAUGUAUAUGUUAUAGUUUGUAUCUUACCUGUGUUGCAUUCUGCUGCAGAUGGCCGUGUUCUUGACUUGGGACUUGGGCUGUCGUUCUGUGUGCUCCAAUCACAUUUUUCGUGUUCAUGUUUGUUUAUGGUUUGAUGACAAAUAAAUUAAUUCUGCAAUGUAA